UCUUGCUCCGAGUCCGCUCCAGUCUGUGCUACACUCCUUGUGUUGUCGCCCGAACCGGGAAUUGUCUGUGUUUCAGGAACAAAGUACUUAUAUUAUCAGCUGAAAUGGCACCCAAGAAGGACGCUAAGGCUCCCGCCAAGAAGGCCGAACCUGCCAAGAAGGCCGAGCCUGCACCUGCACCUGCACCUGCACCCGAGCCAGCCCCUGCUCCCGCAGCGCCUGCCGCUGUCGACCUGUCCGCCGUCAAGGUGGAAUUCAGUGCAGACCAGAUUGAGGACUACAAGGAGGCCUUCGGUCUCUUCGACAGGGUGGGUGAUAACAAGGUGGCUUACAACCAGAUUGCUGACAUCAUGCGUGCUCUGGGACAGAACCCCACCAACAAGGAUGUGGCCAAACUGCUUGGAAUGCCCUCUGCUGAAGACAUGACUAACAAGAGAGUAGAGUUCGAGGGCUUCCUGCCCAUGCUUCAGACCGUCAUCAACAGCCCAAACAAGGCAGGAUAUGAGGAUUACGUUGAGGGUCUGCGCGUCUUUGACAAGGAGGGCAACGGCACAGUGAUGGGCGCUGAGCUGCGCAUUGUCCUGUCAACACUGGGAGAGAAGAUGACUGAGGCUGAGAUUGACGCUCUCAUGCAGGGUCAGGAGGACGAGAGUGGCUGUGUCAACUAUGAGGCCUUUGUGAAGCACAUCAUGUCUGUGUAAGGACCCUGCCACUGCGGUGGUGAGCAUUGAAUAUGUGCAGACCCCAUGGUGUCACGACAUCCACUCGCUGUUUCCUGCACCACCUGAGGAAGCAGGGGGAACAAAGGACUAUGAGAUGUCAUUUCUGAAUCCUUUUGUUUUGUUCAACACUUUUUUUUCUCUUUUUGUCCAACUGGCGCUCUUUUUUUCUCUCCUCCUCCUGUUCUGGAAGCUGUCGCGAGUUCUAACGAGAUAUAUCCUUUUCCUCAUCCACACCCACGUGCCCCUGUCUAUCGGGGGUUUUUUGUCAUCACUGGUUUUCACAGCAGAGCAGUGAUGGAGGGGAAGAUGGAUAAUGAUGAACACCCCCCACCGGUCACUUACUGCCUGGCUGGCUGUCUAUCUGCCAUUAAAGUGACUGGUUUGGCCCAGGAUUGCCCAUCAAAAUGAAUCCACUCCUCAACCAACCCAUCCCUGAGUCUUAAUUUAUUGUACUCUCCUCUGCCAAUUCACAAUAAACUCCAAUUUUAUUUCCAAA